AUGACAUCAUCAUCUUUACGUCCAUCUUAUAAAGAAGCACAAGAGCGUCUUUUAAAAUGGUGUCAAAAUGUCACUAGAAAUUAUGAAUCAGUAAAAAUACGCAAUUUUACAACUGAUUUUGCUGAUGGUCUUGCUUUUUGUGCCAUAAUUCAUCAUUAUUUUCCGAAUGAAUUCGACUUUUAUAAAUUAAAUCGCGAUAAUAAGCAAAAUAAUUUCGAUUUAGCAUUUCGUGUAGCUGAAGAAAAAGCUCAAGUUCAUCCAUUACUUGACAGUGAUGAUCUUAUACAUGGUGAAUUGGAUAAAAAAUGUGUCUUCACUUAUUUACUUACUCUUUAUCAUGGAUUAAAACAUCAUGAAACAAAUAAACUUCUGCUAAGCUAA